CAUCACUCGUAGCGACGACAACCACAUGGUGACGCGCGUGUUAAGUUAGUCACGCUUUGACCGCAUGGCGUAUUUUGAGUCAGUUUACUUUAUAUCAGAUUUAUCACAAUAAAUUGUACGAUAUGACUGAUCACCUUCAUUAAUGCAAAUUAAAGAGCAUCGAUUUAUCAUUCGCCACAAAAUGGAUGACGAAAAUGCGGCGAAAAUCGAACUUAGAAAAUCGAGGAAACGAAAUGGCGAAAGAGAGAAAAUUGAAGAUACAAAUAUGAAUAAUCAUGUGAAUAAUCAUCACAAAAUGGACAAAAUAUUUCAAAAUAAUAUUGUACAAAAGAAACAGACAGGAAAGAGAAAGAGAAAAUCCAUCGUACAAGAAACCGAGAGUUUAUCAGAGAAACUGGAAGAAGCCAAUAGUAAUGUUACUAUCGAUGAGGAUACUGCGAAAGAUGCCAAUGAAAAGACUUCAAAAAAACCAUCCAAAAGGCAAUUGAAGAAAGAAAAAGCUAUCCAAAGAGAAGCUCAAAAGAAAGAGACUAAUAAAAUAAAUGCCAUGCAAAAGGCAUUGAACUAUGUAUCCAUGUGGAAACAUUCCAGGAGUGAGUGGAAAUUUGAGAAGCUUAGACAAAUUUGGCUGAUGGACAAUUUGUUGGAUGAGAACUCCAUUUCGGAUAUAAUCUUUCCUGUCGUUCUUGAAUAUUUUGAAGGUUGUAAAGGUAUGGCACGGGAAGUAUUAUUACGAAAAGGAAUGGAGGUCAUAAGGAAAGCUGAGGAGGAAGAGAACGAGGAAAACAAAAACGAAAUUAUGGAAUCAAUUGCUUAUAAAAGAGCGAGGCAACUUUUACAAACUUUACCAAUUGAUAUGUAGUUUUAAGUUGUGAAGAAUGAAAGACAUUGAGGAGUAAAUGCAUGAGACUCGCGAAUAUCUGUGUGAUAAUGUGUGAAAAAAUUGCUUUAUUUGUAAGUUUCUUGUUAUGAAUAUCAUGAUUCAACAUGACUAA